AUGCAGCCUCAGGUAUUCUUGACCGCUUUGCCAGUCUUCGUCAUUUUGCGCUACAAUCUGUGCGAAGAUCCGCUGCCCAAGAAGGUUGUGCAGACACCGUCGGUGCUGCCCAGCCUCACUCCACAGUCGCAGGCCACAUAUGCCUGGCAAGCAGAGGGCAAGGCCAGUCCGGCGACGGACGUCCGGGAGUGUGGCUUUGGAAGCUGUCUGGCCGCUGGGCCAGGCUGCAUUCCAAAAGGCUCCAUGGCUGCUCUCUGCGAGCCUUCACAGGGCAAGCCGGGCAAUGUGAGCUGGUUGCAAGUGAACGAAACUUGGCCAACUAUGCCGAUAAGCUGA